AUGUCUUCGGACUUCUGGGCUGGCUACCUUAGCGGUGCCAUUGGUAUCAUCAUCGGCAACCCCCUCGAUGUUAUCAAAGUUCGAUUACAGGCGGGGCAGACUCCAGAUAUCGUUGCAUCGACCACCCCGCAACAAGCGAGUCGCUUCGAGAACGCCACUUCUCUCGUUCGAGGCGCUGCUGCACCAAUACUUGGGUAUGGGGCUCUGAAUGCGCUGCUCUUUGUGGCCUAUAAUCGCUCGUUGAAGUUCCUCGACAGUUCGAUCAUAGAUCCCACCAAUCCACAGAGUGCCUCUCUGUCUAAAAUAUGGCUUGCUGGUGCUGCAGGCGGGGUGACCAGCUGGAUUGUGUCAUCCCCAACAGAAUUCAUAAAAUGCCGAGCUCAGCUUGAUUCACGCCCGGGGGUCUCGUCGUUGACCGUGGCGAGGGACAUCAUCCGCACGCGCGGCUGGAGGGGUCUCUACUAUGGAGGAGGGAUCACCUGUGCCAGAGAUGCAAUUGGCUAUGGGUUUUACUUCUGGUCUUACGAGUAUUGCAAACGUCUUACGGCCUCAAAUGACGACGACACGAAUGGUAUGAAUGCAAUGAAGAUACUACUAUGCGGAGGUAUUGCUGGCAUCGUUACUUGGGCCUCGGUCUUCCCUCUAGACAUGAUCAAGACAAGACUGCAAGCAGAAACAAUUGAGAUGAGCCCUGAAAGUCGCCCACUGAUGCAAACUUCAAGAAAAACACACGCUCAAGGCUCCUUCCGGAUCGCUAGGGAAGUUUACCUCAACGAGGGCUUCAAAGCCUUCUAUCGCGGGCUAGGAGUUUGUAGUGUGAGGGCUUUUAUAGUAAAUGCUGUCCAGUGGGCGGCAUAUGAAUGGCUUAUGAAGUAUUUACAGAAUCCAUAA